UCCGGAGGUCCGAGUGUCCCUGGUGCCGGGGUAGCGGGUGUCCAGGCUCCAGGGUAGCGGGUGUCCGAGUGUCCGGAGCAGCCAUGUUGGAGCAGAUGAACGCGCGGGCUGGAGCGGCGGCGGCGGGCGAGCAGAAGCUGAAGCCCGGCCUGGACACGCGGCUGUACCGGCGGCGCUGGGUGAUCGUCGGUCUCUUCAGCUGCUACUCGCUGUGCAACGCCUUCCAGUGGAUCCAGUACGGCAUCAUCAACAACAUCAUCCAGAAGUACUAUAACGUCAGCUCCUUCACCAUCGACUGGCUCGCCAUGAUUUACUUCGUGGUGUACAUCCCCAUCAUCUUCCCAGUCACCUGGCUGCUGGACAAGAAGGGCCUGCGGGUGAUCGCGCUCUGCGGCUGCGGCCUCAACUGCUGCGGCGCCUGGAUCAAGAUCGCCAGCGUGCGGCCCGACCUGUUCGCCGUUACCUUCCUGGGCCAGGCCGUGUGCGGCGUGGCGCAGGUCUUCAUCCUGGGCAUGCCAUCCCGAAUCGCCUCCGUAUGGUUCGGCUCGCACGAAGUCUCCACCGCCUGUUCCAUCGCCGUCUUCGGCAACCAGCUGGGAGUUGCAAUGGGAUUUCUUGUUCCUCCCAUCCUGGUCCCCAACAUAGAUGACCUGGAUAAGCUGACUUAUCACAUCAAUGUCAUGUUUUAUGGCACUGCUGCAGUAGCAACUCUGCUGUUCGUUCUCGUCAUACUCGUGUUUCAGGAGAAGCCGGAUAUUCCACCAAGCCAAGCACAAGCAGCUAUCCAUGCCAGCUCUCGGCAGGACUACACCUAUCUCCAGUCUAUUCUGCAGAUGAUCAAAAGUUUACCAUUCUUCCUGCUUAUUGUAACCUAUGGAAUUAACACGGGCUCCUAUUAUGCAGUUUCAACCCUCCUGAACAAGAUGGUGCUGACACAUUACCCAGGCGAAGAGCUGAAUGCAGGGAGGAUUGGGCUCACCAUCGUGAUCUCUGGAAUGGUUGGCUCCAUCAUUUGCGGAAUCUGGUUGGACAAAACCCAGACGUACAAACAGACCACAUUUGUUGUUUACUUCUUAUCCUUUGCUGGGAUGGUGGUCUUCACAUUCACACUUGACCUUGGUUACCUCUGGAUUGUCUUCAUGACUGGAGGGCUACUAGGGUUCUUUAUGACUGGGUACCUGCCGCUGGGCUUUGAGUUUGGUGCCGAGCUCACCUACCCCCAGUCUGAGGGGACGUCGUCUGGACUGCUGAACGAGGCUGCACAGGUUUUUGGAAUCAUCUUUACCAUCUCACAGGGUAAACUAAUUGAUCAUUUUGGAACGAAAGCAGGAAAUAUUUUCAUUUUUGUAUUUCUCUUCGUGGGAACUGUUUUAACAGCAAUAAUAAAAUCGGACCUAAAGAGACAGAAGGCAAACAUGCAUGCGCCACAGAACCCGAGCAUAGCAACAAAUCACCUUCUCGGUUACGGCUCUACAACCUCCAUGAUUUCCUCAUUCAUCUUCCCUCUUCGCUUGUUGCCAUCGGAGCGUUUAUCCCGCAAGGCUGAAGAAGGAAUCUGCAACUCCAUCAUCCUGAAUGAAGCCACGCUGUGAUGAGUAUCCGGCCAGCCAGCCUGGGAUGGCUGCAGCUGUGGUGCCAGUGAGCAACAGGACCUGCCUGCUGGGCAGCAGGGACUUGCCCUGCACACUUUACCAAACUGAUUUGCCAAAGUAAUGUUUUGUAUAAGUAUCCUUGAUCACUUCUCUAGCAGGAACUGUUGAUGUAUUUUCUACCUGUGUUGCUCUGUAAUCACGUUGUUAUUAAUUUAACUCACGCAAUGUAAGAUGUCAGCGUGCUGCUCUUUUCCUCAUUCUGGACACCAAUAAAAUCUCUCGUCUUGUCGAGGGACGGCGAACAGGGCUGGGCCCUGGGUCAGUGGGAUCACGGGGAUCUUGGUCAGUGGCCCCUCAGUCAGUGGGAUGAAGGGGGCCUCGGUCAGUGGGAUGAAGGGGGCCUCGGUCAGUGGGAUGAAGGGGGCCUCGUUCAGUGGCCCCCCCAGUAAGUAGGAUGAAGGGGUCCUGGGUCAGUGCGAUCUCGGUUAGUGGCCCCUCAGUUAGGGGGAUGAGGGGACGUGUGCGAUGGGCAGUGAACACAGGGACAAUGUAGGAGUCCUGCACUGUGUGUUUACGUGUCUGUACAGCAGGCCACUUUAUGAUGUUUUGGGGCAAGUCCAGUGAUGUAGAGAAACACCAUCAAUGCACUUUACAAAUCUACAAAGCCUUCCCAGCACAGAGGCACAGAGAGGGAAAGGCUGACAGGCCCAGUGUCCUUGCAUUACUCCCACAUUGCAGGGGACAGGACGGUCAGAGAACCUGCUGGUCAUGUCUGCAUCUCUGUGGUCUGAGGCCACAGUGGGCAGCAACUGAGUGGCCAGAGUAGCAGGGCGGCAUCACUGCCGAUGUGGACUGGGCUGUCCCAGAGAGAUCUCUGUCGCAGUGGUCAGUAUCUGACCGCCUCACUGGGUGGGCAGCAUCACUGCCGAUGGACUGGGCUGUCCCAGAGAGACCAGGAGAUUUAGUCCCCACAUUUGGGAAAAUAGCAGCAUGAACCGCGCAUCAGUGGGUGGGAUUUUAAAUUGAAAGAAUGGAAUGGGUUUGGAAUUAUGAAUAAACUCAGCAAUAAUUGCACAACA